GCGAUUAUUUACCGUUCGCCGGCAUUACGGGCAUUACUCACACAACAGAGUUGCCGCGCUUCCUGUAGAUAAAUGUCAAACGUCAAAGUUGUCAAAAUAUAACCUGCUUUGUCGAUUAAUUUCGUGUAAUAUUUUUGUUAUAACAAAACAUUCUUCCCUUAUUGUUACAUUGAUGCGUUAUGAAUUACAAACUGUAUUAGUAGUGUAUUUGAACCUCUUCUCCUAUAUUCUACAAGAGAUUAAACUUAGGAAUGUUUUCUAAUGGCCUGACCUGCAACCUUCCAUUCAGUUGUAUGAGUGUAACUCGAGAUUCAGGCUCCGAUGAACUUCUUCCCAACAGAAUGGCUCGUGAACCAGUUUUGUUGAACGUUUAUGAUAUGUACAAGAUCAAUGAGUAUACUUCUAAUAUAGGUCUUGGCGUAUUCCACUCUGGAGUUGAGGUUUAUGGGACUGAGUAUGCAUAUGGGGGGCAUCAAUACCCAUUCACCGGCAUAUUUGAAAUUAAUCCCAGGGACGAACGGGAUUUAGGAGACCAGUUUCGAUUUAGGCAAACUAUCCACAUUGGGUACACCGAUUUCACGGAGGAAGAUGUCAAAAGAAUAAAAAACGAACUCGGAAAAGAAUUUCGCGGAGAUCGUUACCACUUGAUGAACAAUAAUUGUAAUCACUUUUCUGGAGCUUUCACCAAGAUUCUUUGUGGCCAAGAUAUUCCGCCAUGGGUAAACAGAUUAGCAUAUUUUAGUAGUUGGGUUCCAUUCUUGGAGCGUUGUUUACCAAAAGAAUGGCUAAUGCCAAUGGCCUUGCAACAUUCAUUAAAUCAUAGAAAAGACUCAACUUGUUCAGAAUCAUCGACGUCACCUUAUUAACCCUUGCCAAAUCUGUAGGGAAGAUAAAUAAUUGAAGUGUGGUAUACAUGUAUUAUAAGAAAAACUAAUUUUAUCUGUUUAGUAAUCAACUUGUAUUCAAUUUUUAAUCCUCAUUUUGCAAUUGUUUAUCGUAUUAUUUCAUCGCCCUAUUCAUUGUUUUUAAUUCACGCCAAAGAAAUUGUGAACAUUGUAAAUAAGAGAUGAAACUAUCACUGGAUUUCCUAUUAUAGGAAAUUUCUUUUAAUUUAAUCAAUAACUUUUUUUAUUGAAUUUUCAUUACAACGAAUUAAGUUUCGUAUUCAGAAAAAAUGAUGUAAAUUACCAUUUUGUAAUUUCUUUACAUGGCACAAGGAUUUAAUGUUUUUACAUUAAAUAAUAGGAAAUCCCUCAUUAACUAAUAUUUUGACAUUGCUCUUGAAAAACUUAAAAUAAAUAUAAACAGAAGUGUUGAGUAAUUGGCCUUGUAAAGCAAAUGGUUUUGCGUCAUGUAUAAAACACCAUUUUUUUUCAAUAGAAAUGUCGACAAUUGUAGUGACCUGUAAUAUAUUUUUGGUUGAUUCCCUAGAUCGCAAAUGUUGUGUAAGAUAUUUAGAUCUAGUUCUAGGACAGUUGAAAAUGAUAGUCAAAAGUACAAAUGUGUCAUUGGGAAAUUAAACGUACAUUUUUCAGAGUGACAAUUUUUCUUGCAGUUGAGACACUAAAUUUGCGUUAGAUUAUCACUUUAAACGUAAAAAUUGUGUUCAUAAAUUGUAAAUAAAAGAGACAUGUUGACAUAAAUUCAUUUAUUUUAUUCACUGAAGUUGAAUAGGGGACCUUCUGUGUUGUCCAAGAAUAUAAGACUGUUUGUCAAUGUUUAUAUUUCUAUAACAGUACAAAAGAUUGAUGAAAUAGAUUUGUCGCAACCACAAAUAGUGACCUCUGUGAUGCAACGGAUUAUUUGGCUCAAAACACAUUGAAAAACCCGCCAAAAAAUUAAGGCACUUUGCUUUUGAUUUUUCUAAUUGCGUAUAGUUUGUAUUUAAUUUGUAAUUAACUUACAUAUUAUUUAAUAAAAUUUUAUUCAGACAA